AGGGAGGCCAAUUGCGUGGCAGUGGGCCCUUGCUGCGACUCCCACGUUUCGCAUCUGCCUCUUUACGACUAACCGACUGGCCCCAUGCGUUUGCGGUGAAUGGAGACAUUUGCCAACUCCGAUAUCUGCCCGGUUUGUUCAGCGACCGCGCUUGCCUUCCCGCCUUCCUCUCCUCGCACAGCUGUCCUGCACCAUUACGACCUAACAUCGAGGGACCGAGCAAGGCUAGAGAUGGAGACAGAGACCACUGUUAAAGAGCUGCUAUGUUCCGUGAAUGAGGCUGGUGGCAUGAACACUUGAGGAACACCUCCACCUGAAGUGGACCGCCACUUUCAAAGCAAUUCUGCUUGAGAGGUCCCGUACAACGAGCACGAGCAGCGCAGAUGGCUAGCCAGGAAGAUGGCAAGGAUGAGUCUUCGAUCGGAUCCGUCUCCUCUUUACUGUCGAGGUUCGAGAAGAUCAAGACAGAUGCGCCUCCUGCGCCUCCAUCCAAUGCUUCGGCUCGCUCGCCCUUCCUACCACCAGCAACUGGCACUCCAAUCUCCCGGCCGGGAACUCCGUUGCGACCUGGGCGGCUCCUAGAUCGCCCCGUUGUUGAGCAUGGUCGGUCAGGUUCAGGUGGAUCGCGGCCGCGGCCCCCAUCCGUACUGUCUACUUCCCCCGCUCGAACAGCUCCCCCACUGGUCACUGUAGACUCACCCCACUCGGCCGAUCGCAGCCAAACAUUCCCCUUCGAUACGAGGUCGGCCUCUCCCGUUCCUCGAAUGCAGGCAAAUGCACGGCCUCCGAGCAGAGCCACCACGCCUACAGGGGAUACGAGGGCUGCUGCUGCUCUUGCGCAAGGCUUGAGUGUCGCAAAAGCCUCGUCCGAAGGUAUCAAUACCGCGCCUACGACUCCAAUCGUGCGCCCAAAGGCUCAGACGUCGGGUGUACCCCCUCCGGUGAACCGAGCUGCGAAACCACAAAUUCCACCAAAGCCCAACAAGCUCGCCCAGAAGGCCGAGGCUCUGUCCGCGCCGGACGCUAACGUCGAAUGGGCUGAGCAAGGAGCUUCACCAUUCAGCACUCCACCAGGAAGCGGACCGAAUUCUCCGCCACCCCAUACCAGUUUCGAUGCUGAUCAACAUCGCAAUGGAUCCGAUCCGUUUGUUGGUGAAAAGACGAGGCUACCCUCUGAUGCAUCAUCCGUGGAAAGGCGCCGUUCCAACUCAGUCACAUCCCCCAUGGAACGCGUUCGGGGCGAGUCCAAUGCCUCUUUCAUCAACCGUGCACGAGUGGGCUCCAAUGCCUCCUUUGUCGAGCCGUCCAGCCUCCCCGACGAAUUUCAUCACGAAUACCGUCCACUUGUACAUGCCGCCACAGUCGCCUUGCAGCCAACAGCGCAGGCACAUGGGAUUUCUAGGCCUGCCAGAUAUAGGCCGAUAGGCUCACAAGGAUCGACACUGGCUGGCGAUCUACCGGAACAGCCGCCACGACUACCCGUCAGACCCGAGUUGCAAACUCGUUCGGGACGCACCAGUCCAACGAAACCACGCUCUGGCCGCACGAGUCCCUUAAAGCGAGUCACUCAGGAGGCACAGGGGGCUGGACCGAGGCGGGCUGCUACUAUCGAUGUAGCAGCAUCACAGCCUCGCAUUCCUGCCACGAAGAAACCCGCCCAACGAUCCGCUCUGUCGUUGGGCUUCGACCAAACGUCAACCUCAUCAUUCUCGUCUUCCCCUCCAACUAAGACCUCUCAUGGACCACCCGCUGUGCCAGCGCCUCGAAGGUCUAUGGAUUCCAGACGUCCAGAACCACUCGCACCUCCUAUCGACGUGCAGCCUCGGAGAUCCAUGGAUCAAAGACGAAUCCCCUCCACAACAGCCGCUCCCAUUCCAACCGUGAAUCACGCGCCCGACAGAUCUAGCACAACUCCGGCAUCAUCGUUCGAUGGAUCGAACGUGCAGACAGCUUCGCCCGCUGACUACCCAGAUUCCUCACAAGCUAGUCGACGGCCACCCACUUUCAAGACACGGCCGUGGCACAUCGGAACGGAAUUCGACACGCGGAUCUUCGCUGUCUGCGGUGACUACGUGUGCACGACCGGCCAGCGAACAAAAGCCUGGAAUCUGCGCACAGGCGGGCAACUCUUUGAUUUGGAGCACCACGACCUUGUCAAAGUCACUUCCCUAGUCUUCAAGCCUCCGGCAUCGGGCGAGGAGGACGGUGAGCGGGUGUGGCUUGGCACAUCCACUGGCGAUAUCCGUGAAUUGGAUAUAUCCGGAGGGAGAGUCGUGAAGCAGCAUGUUGGAGCCCAUCAACGAAGAGAAGUCAUCCGCAUGUUCCGCUACGCUUCGGAACUGUGGACUCUGGAUGACGGCGGAGACUUGAAUGUCUGGAAGCCAGAUUCCACGGGCGCGCCUAGUCUGGACUCGAAAUCUAAUACUUUCAGGACGCCGAGAGGCCAUACUUUCUCCAUCGCACUUGGUCGUCACCUUUGGAUUGCAACAGGGAAGGAUGUCAGGGUGUUUGCGCCGAGUGUGAAGUCGGAUGCCGAGUUUCAUGUCUUGAUGAGUCCUUUGUCGCAACCCGGCACGACCGAGAUUUAUUCUGGCACGACCAUCAGCACGACCCCGGGCCUGGUGUAUUUUGGUCAUUCGGAUGGAAAGGUCAGCGUCUACAACCGACACGACUUUACCUGCUCUGCUGUCGUGACUGUGAGCUCGUACAAGCUCAGCUCUCUCACUGGCGUCGGUGAGUAUCUAUGGGCGGGCUUCAACACCGGCAUGGUGUAUGUGUACGAUACGUCGACGACUCCCUGGAAAGUCAAAAAGGACUGGCCUGCGCAUGAAAGACAGGUUUGCGGCAUCAUUGCCGAGAAGUCUUCUGCGUGGGAGAUGGACCGCUUACGAGUCAUCACCCUGGGCACGGAUAAUCUGCUGAAAGUCUGGGAUGGCACAUUGGAAGAGGAUUGGAUGGCUUCGCGGAUGCAAGAACACGACACCGAGUUCUGCUCGUUCUCCGAAAUCAAUGUCGCCGUGCUGACUUGGAAUGCCGGUGCGUCCAAGCCCACCUCGCUGCUUCAGAAUAAGCAGGAUGACAACUUCUUCCGGGAGUACAUGACUGCGCACGACCCGCCAGACAUUUUCGUUUUUGGCUUUCAAGAGCUCGUGGAUCUGGAAGACAAGAAACUCACGGCCAAGACUUUCAUCUUCAAAGGGAAUAAGAAGAAGGAUGCGAAUGAGCAGGAGCAUAUGAGUCACCAGUAUCGCGCGUGGAGAGAUCAUCUUACACGCUGUCUGGACGACCACAUGCCGUCUUCGCACACGUACACGUUGCUGCACACCGCCAGUCUGGUAGGAUUGUUCACUUGCGUGUUCGUCAGAUCCUCACUGCGAACCCGGAUCCGCCACGUGCAAGGCGUGGAUGUGAAGCGAGGCAUGGGCGGCAUCUAUGGGAAUAAGGGCGCCCUCAUCCUCCGCAUGGUUCUAGACGACAGCAGCCUCUGCUUCAUCAACUGCCAUCUCGCCGCCGGCCAGACGCAAACCCUGCACCGCAACAACGACGUCGCCGCCAUCCUCGAAGCCGAAGCCCUCCCGCCCUACCCCCUCGACGCCUCCACCAGCGGCAGCGACAACAGCGCCGCGCAGCACGCCGACGUCUUUCCCUCGGGCGGCGACGGCAGCAUGAUCCUCGACCACGAAAUCUGCAUCCUCAACGGCGACCUCAACUACCGCAUCGACACGAUGGGCCGCGACACGGUCGUCAAGCACAUCGCCUCCAACAACCUGUGGCGCCUGCUCGAGCGCGAUCAGCUCCUGCUCUCCCGCCGCAAGAACCCCGCUUUCCGCCUGCGCGCUUUCCAAGAAAGCGAGAUCCGCUUCGCGCCCACGUACAAGUAUAAUGUGCACUCGGAUGAGUACGAUACGUCGGAGAAGCGGCGUGCGCCCGCUUGGUGUGAUCGCAUCCUGUACCGCGGGGUGGGCAAGGUGCGCAUGGAGGAGUACAGGCGGUGGGAGGUGAGGGUUAGCGAUCACCGGCCUGUGAGUGGGCGGUUGAGGGUGCGGGUGAAGAAGGUGGAUGCGGCGAGGCGGGCGCGCGUAGCGGAGGUGUGUCGGGGGGAGUUUGAGGAGGUGAGGGAGAGGCUCGUCAAGGCUGUUGAGCUGGAAUACCUCACUGAUGUGUUGGGUAUGUCUCACACUGAUGCCCGCGCUGCUUUGCAGACUCGAUAGCCUCUUCACUCGUCUAGCUGUUGUCCUGUUCUGAGCGCAAGGCUAUGAUUAUGAUCUUUACCCAUUGCUGCCUCAUCGUUCGCUUCGAUGUAACUUGCAUUAUAAUGCGGCGCAAAUACAGCCAUGUCAAGGACGAUGCAAUCUACUAUUGCAGUUGUCUGUUAAGACGACCAUCUCCAUUCAUCAUCAGGAACUGGAGCCAUGUAACUAGAACCUGUUUGAGUGGAUCGGAGAGAUCCCGCGGGUACGCCCGAUAGCGC